AUGACCAUUGACUACAUCACAAACCAAGAGCAGAGCUUGCCAGAUUUGGAUUCAUUUUAUACCAUCCAAUUCUGGAAUGCUGUCCAGGAGGCAGAGCUCAAAUCUGGUCUUGCCACACUUCCUGGUGGAAAAAACAAAAUUGGUCUUUGUGUUUAUCCAGAUGACAUUUUUCAAGUAUCAAUGCCAAAGCAAUGUCAGCGGUAUGACAUUUACAUUGCAGAAGUCCGAAAGGCAGUUGAGGAGAUUAUUCAACACACUGGUACCAGGUUGAGCCCCCAUGUUGCUUCGGCUGUACUCAACCACUUCAAUGUCCUGUUCUCCAGACAUAUCUACAACAUUCCCAUGGUGCUGAUGACCACUGGGCUCAUCGCAAAAUUUGAAGAUUUGACUGCAAAGUAUGAGAUGUGUUUCCAAGAGUAUGAUCUGACCCCCAUAUUCAUACCCAAUAUUUCUCCUGCCUUUGUCAACCGUGGUCAUAAUUAUGUUCAUGAACACUAUACGAUCUAA